CAGGAAGAAAAGGACAGUGAGGACGAGGUGGAGGAGCCAGACAGCACGACGGAACCCGUACAGAGUGAAAGUGAACCGAAAACGCGGAUGAAAAUCAUCAAAUUUGGGACGAAUAUCGAUCUGUCCGACCCCAAGAGGUGGAAGCCUCAGUUACAGGAGCUGUUAAAGUUGCCGGCAUUUAUGCGAGUGACGUCGAAUGGGAACAUGCUGAGCCACGUGGGACACACUAUUUACGGGAUGAACACAGUCCAGCUCUACAUGAAGGUGCCUGGGAGCCGCACCCCAGGCCAUCAGGAGAACAACAACUUUUGUUCGGUCAACAUCAACAUCGGGCCCGGGGACUGCGAGUGGUUCGCUGUGCCUGAAGCGUACUGGGAGAUCAUCAGCCAGUUCUGCGAGAGGCACAGCGUGGACUACCUGACCGGCUCCUGGUGGCCGGUGCUGGAGGACCUGUACGCCGCCAACAUCCCGGUCUACCGCUUCAUCCAGCGCCCGGGAGACCUGGUGUGGAUCAACGCCGGGACCGUCCACUGGGUCCAGGCCACCGGAUGGUGUAACAACAUCGCCUGGAACGUGGGGCCGUUAACAGCCUAUCAGUACCAGUUGGCCCUGGAACGAUACGAGUGGAACAAAGUCAAGAACGUCAAAUCUAUCGUCCCGAUGAUCCACGUGUCCUGGAACGCAGCUCGGACCGUCAAGGUGUCCGACCCCCAGCUCUACAAGAUGAUCAAGUACUGUCUCCUGACCUCCCUGAAGCAUUGUCAGUUGCUCCGAGACACUUUGACCAAAACGGGCAAAAAGAUUAUAUUCCAGAGUCGUGUGAAAGAGGAACCGGCGUAUUACUGCAACGAGUGUGAGUUGGAGGUAUUUAAUCUGCUGUUUGUUACGAGUGAGACGAGCGCACGCAAGUCCUACAUUGUGCACUGUGAGGACUGUGCGCGUCUGCGGACGCCGUCCCUCCACAACACAGUCGUCCUGGAACAGUACAAAGCCGAGGAUCUGGUCAACACAUAUGACCACUUCACGCUGGCUCCGGUUCCGGCCUCGUCCAGAUGACGGCCGUUCUCUUAAGCCAUACCAAAUGCUCCUCGUGGUCCCUUCUGUUUGCUCCUCCUCACCCUCGACCCUCACCCUCGACCCUCACCCUCGACCCUCGCCUCGGGCCGGGCCGGGCACAAAACGAGGGCAAAACACCAGCAGAACAAACAGCCAUCCGUCUCCGUCUCCGUCUCCCAGCACCGAGCUCCCCCCCACCCCCCA